CGUGCCAGAAGCGCCGCUGACCCCAGUCAGGUGUUCCCGGGAAAAGAGGCUGGGUGAGGGGACUAGAGCGAAGGAAGUUUAGGGAAGUAAGUUGGCCCUGAAGAGGUCGCUGCAGGCUCAGGAGAGACUCCUGCCCGCGUGUAGAUCCUGACAAGAAGUGAAUGAAGAAAAAGGAGAUCCCAGGACCUAAACUGUGUCAUCUCUGGGCCACUUUUGACUGUGACUAGAUUUCUAACUAGAAAUUUAGAGCAUAUCCAGAAGACACAAAGACAGAAUAUUGCAGUUGCUGGCCAUUUCUCAAAACAGAAGAAAAUGAUCAAUGCCCAGGAACCGCUGACACUGGAGGACGUGGCCGUGGACUUCACCUGGGAGGAGUGGCAGCUGCUGGCCCCCGCCCAGAAGGGCCUGUACCGGGACGUGAUGUUGGAGAACUACAGCAACCUGGUGUCAGUAGGGUAUGAAGCCAGCAAGCCAGCUGCACUCUCCAGGCUGGAACGAGGGGAGGAACCGUGGGCGAAACAGGAGGAAGUCCACGGUGGAACUUGGCGGGAACCUAGCAAAGUUUAUAACCACCUGCAAGGUCACUGGGAAAAUCCAAGAAUGCUGAAAGGUAUGGAACAAAACCACAAAAAUGAUGCAUUUGGAAAUACUGUUCCUCAAAGCAAAAAUCAUUCUCCUUCCAGGCAAAAUCAUAUGCUUGAGUUCUAUAUAAAAACUUUGAAAUCAAAUUUAAGUUUAGUCAACCAGAGCAAAAGCUAUGAAAUUAAAAACUCUACUAAAUUCAGCGGAGAUGUGAAGUUAUUUCUGCGUGAUAAGCAUGAAGAUUUUCAUUCAUCUGUUAAACUCCCUGUAAGUGCAAAACCUAUUAGCAGUAAGUCCCAAGUCAUUAAGCAUCAGAGAACUCAUGAAAUAGAAAAACCCCAUAUAUGCAGUGAAUGUGGAAAAGCCUUCAUUAAGAAGUCUCAGCUCACAGAUCAUCACAGAGUUCAUACAGGAGAGAAACCUUAUGGAUGCAAUAUUUGUGCAAAAGUGUUUUCCAGAAAGUCCAGGCUCAAUGAACAUCAGAGAAUUCAUAAAAGAGAGAAAUCCUUUCUAUGCAAUGAUUGUGGAAAAGUCUUCACCAUGAAGAGUCGUCUAAUUGAACACCAGCGAACUCACACUGGAGACAAACCCUACAUAUGCAGCGAAUGUGGAAAAGGUUUCCCAGGGAAGCGGAAUCUCAUUGUGCAUCAGCGAAAUCAUACUGGAGAGAAAUGCUACGUAUGCAGCGAAUGUGGAAAAGGCUUCACCGGGAAGAGCAUGCUUAUCAUACACCAGCGAACUCAUACUGGAGAGAAGCCCUACAUCUGCAGUGAAUGUGGGAAAGGCUUCACCACGAAGCACUAUGUCAUCGUACAUCAACGAAAUCACACAGGAGAGAAACCCUAUAUAUGCAACGAAUGUGGGAAAGGUUUCACGAUGAAGAGUCGACUAAUUGAACAUCAGCGAACCCACACAGGUGAGAAACCCUAUGUAUGCGAUGAAUGUGGCAAAGGCUUUCCUAGGAAGAGUAAUCUCAUCGUACAUCAGAGAAAUCAUACAGUAGAGAAAUCCUAUGUAUGCAGUGAAUGUGGAAAAGGUUUCACCGUGAAGAGCAUGCUUAUAAUACACCAGCGAACUCAUACUGGAGAGAAACCCUACAUCUGCGGUGAAUGUGGGAAAGGCUUCCCCCUGAAGAGUCGGCUGGUCGUCCAUCAGCGAACACAUACUGGCGAGAAGCCUUACAGAUGCAGUGAAUGUGGGAAAGGUUUCAUUGUGAAUAGUGGACUGAUGUUACAUCAGCGAACUCACACUGGAGAGAAACCCUAUAUAUGCAAUAAAUGUGGAAAAGGUUUUGCCUUUAAGAGCAAUCUUGUGGUACAUCAGCGAACUCAUACUGGAGAGAAACCCUUCAUGUGCAGUGAAUGUGGAAAAGGCUUCACCAUGAAACGCUAUCUCAUUGUACAUCAACAAAUCCAUACAGGAGAGAAAUCCUACAUAUGCAGCGAAUGUGGGAAAGGCUUUGCUACGGAAACUGAGCUCAUUUUACAUCAGCAAAUUCAUACUGGAGAGAAACCUUAUGCAUGCAAUGAAUGUGGUAAAGGCUUCACCGUGAAAAGCCGACUAAUCGUUCAUCAGCGAACUCAUACAGGAGAGAAACCCUUUAUAUGUAGUGACUGUGGAAAAGGCUUCUCCUCAAAGAGAAAUCUUAUUGUACAUCAGAGAACUCAUAAUGGAAACAAACCCCAGUGACACAAGAAAUCCUACACAUGCAGUGAGUGUGGAAAAGGCUUCACCAUGAAGCGCUAUCUGAUUGCACAUCAGCGAACUCAUAGUGGAGAGAAACCUUAUGUGUGCAGCGAAUGUGGAAAAGGCUUCACGGUGAAGAGCAAUCUCAUUGUGCAUCAGCGAACUCAUACGGGGGAGAAACCCUAUAUAUGUACUGAAUGUGGAAAAGGCUUCACCAUGAAGCGCUAUCUUGUUGUCCAUCAGCGAACUCAUACUGGAGAGAAACCCUAUAUAUGCAAUGAAUGUGGAAAAGGCUUCACAGUGAAGAGUAACCUCAUCGUACAUCAGCGAUCUCAUACUGGGGAAAAAUCUUACAUGUGUGGCGAAUGUGGAAAAGGCUUCACCACAAAGCGCACCCUCAUUAUACAUCAGCGAACUCACACAGGAGAGAAAUCUUACUUAUGUAAUGAAUGUGGAAAAGGCUUCACCACAAAGCGCACCCUCAUUAUACAUCAGCGGACUCACACGGGAGAGAAACCCUAUGAAUGCAGUGAGUGUGGGAAAGCCUUCAGCCAGAAGAUAUGCCUCAUACAACAUGAGCGCUGUCAUACCGGAAAGACUCCCUUUGUGUGUACUGAGUGUGGAAAAUCCUAUUCUCACAAAUACGGUCUCAUUACCCAUCAGAGAAUUCACACAGGAGAGAAACCCUAUGAGUGCCGUGAAUGUGGAAAAGCCUUCACCACAAAGUCAGUACUUAACGUCCAUCAAAGAACUCAUACAGGAGAGAGACCCUAUGGAUGCAGCGAUUGUGAGAAAGCCUUCUCCCACUUGUCAAACCUUGUUAAACAUAAGAAAAUGCACACAAGAGAAAUGGGUAGAUUCAGUCAAGUUGGAAAUCCUUUUAACACAGAAUCACAGCUCAUUACUUAUGAGUGAACUCCUGGCCCUAUGAAUGUGAUGACUAUGAAAAUGCCUUCUUUGGCAACCAAGACUUCAUUAAACAUCAGUGUUUCCAGCAGAUUGGAAUGUAAUCUUGGUACUGCCGGUUUUCGGAUACGUGCCCUGAGAAGAUUAAAGAACUUGUCCAGGAGGUAAAUCUGGUGGCUGCGGUGAAUGUGUUGUAGUGCCUUCAGUGAUCCUUACCUCAUAUUUUCUGUCAGUGAAAACAUGUUGAGAAAACUCUGAUACAUUCAAUGUGGAGAUACCUUGGGCAAAACUUUUUAGCUUCAUUAUAUUCUGAAAAGUAUACACUGAGGCAAAUUCUGUGUAGGCAGAGACUAGGAGGGCCUUCAGGGGGAAGGUAGACUUUAUUAUCAGGGAUCAUCAUAAAGCGUCAGUGAGCUUAUUGUUCAUAGAAAUACGAUU